CAUAAGACCAGUCCUCGACCUCACCUGCAUCCCUAAAACAUAAGUACUACUGGAUCAGCUGAAGCGCGGAGAAACAAGUGCUAGCAAGUUCGGCACGUUAUCUUGUGCAGAUAGCUCCUGACCGCUUCAUGUCCUUGCCGACUGAGUGCUUCGUACUUCACCGUUUCAGCACAGCGAACAAGCACAAUGGCAGCGAACGGCAAGACAAAAGGCGAUGCAAGUGCUGAAAUCAUUGAGAGCGAAACGAUCACUUACUCAAGCGGCAACAGCAGCGGCACUCCUGACCUACGCUUCUUACAUUACAACGAUGUCUAUCAUGUCGAACCUGGCUCUCGGGAGCCUGUCGGAGGCAUCGCACGCUUCCAAACGCUAUGUCAGUCGUACAGAAGUUCCAACUCGAAAUUCCACGGUCAACCAGAACUCAUUACGUUCUUCUCGGGAGACGCAUUCAAUCCGUCACUUGAGUCCUCAGUGACAAAAGGAAAACACAUGUUAGACCCGCUGAACAAUUUGAACACCAAUGUCGCUUGCUUAGGCAAUCACGAUCUGGACUUUGGCGUGAAGCAGUUCGAGUAUUUGGCGAAGUACUGCAAUUUUCCGUGGCUUUGUGCCAAUGUGCUCGAUCCUGCAACAGGAGAGGACGUACCACUGGGAAACUGCAAGCGCAGCAUCAUACUAGAGUCCAGUAACGGGAUCAAGAUCGGAGUGAUAGGUGUUGUGGAGAGGGAAUGGCUCGACACGAUCAACACCUUGCCCCCAAACCUCAAGUAUUUGAGUGCCAGUGCCACUGUUGCCGAACUGGCACCGAAGCUGAGAGAAGACGGUGCGGAGAUUGUCGUUGUCGUGUCACAUCAGCGUCAACCCAACGAUGACAAGCUCGCCACCAAACUAGAGUCGGGCGUGGUGGACAUCAUAUUGGGAGGCCACGAUCACUACUACGCACAUUCCAUCAUCAAUGGUACGCACGUGCUUCGCUCGGGCACAGAUUUCAAGCAGCUUUCCUACAUUGAAGCGCGGAGGAAUGGCAAGGAAUGGGACUUUGAAAUCAUUCGUCGAGACGUGGUCUCAUCGAUACCAGAAGAACCCUCAGCUGUGGCUACAGUCGAGAUGAUCACAGCAAAGCUUCGUCCAAAACUUGAGAAACCCAUUGGAUACACCUCUGCUCCUCUAGAUGCUCGCUUCACCACGGUACGAACGAAGGAGUCCAAUCUCGGCAACUUUGUCUGCGAUUUGAUGAGAUUCCAUUAUGGAACCGACUGCUGCAUCAUGGCUUCAGGCACAAUUCGCGGGGAUCAGAUCUAUCCGCCGGGAGUCCUGAGGGUCAAAGACAUGAUGAAUUGCUUCCCCUUCGAAGAUCCUUGCGUCGUGGUAGCACUUCAAGGCAAGCAUAUCGUCGCCGCAUUGGAAAAUGCCGUGGGCAAAUAUCCGGCCCUCGAAGGUCGAUUCCCACAGGUGAGCAACAUUGAGUUCACCUUCGAUCCUGCAAAACCAGAAGGCUCUCGAUGCACCGAGAUCAAAAUUGGCGAGGGGCCCAUCGAUCCAGAGAAAGAAUACACGCUUGCCACGAGAGACUACAUGGUUCGCGGCAAAGAUGGCUUCACCAGUUUGAUGCUCGAAGAAGAAGGCGGGCCAGCCCGCAGUAUCGUGAGCGAUGAAAAUGGAGGGCUCAUCAGCAUGAUCAUUCGACAGUACUUCAUGAGUUUGAAAGUCCUGGGGAAAUGGAAGCGGUUUGGAGGCAUGAUCGGACAUUUCGAACAGAUUCAACAGGGACUGCAUAAAGUGCAUCCAGUGCUCGACGCCUCACCCGUGGAAGCUCCGAAGCUCAGAGACGCGAAGAUCGCACAGCCAGUAGAUGUAACGACAGAAGGUUCACAGGCGACAGGUGUGAGUGGCGACACGCGCGAGUCACUGAUCGGACGAGCACAGCAGCAGCAUCGAAGACAGGUGUCAGACCUACCUGCUCGUCCUGCGAAGUCGCGGAAGUUGGAUCAGGUUGGGUCGGAUCAGUCUGAGGUCUUGUCGGACAGUAGCGAUGACGAACAGGACGAGGAGGAGCUGUCUCACAAUCCCGCACGCGAGCGAGAGCUUCAUAUCAUGCGAAAAGUUAUGAAGAAGUGGUGGAGACUUGCCGGUAUACCUGGAAACCCAAGGAUGGUGGAGCGAAAGGGCGAUGAGUUCGCUGUGGCGUGGACGAAGGGCAUCGCUCCAAGAUUGGAGGGCAGGAUCAAGAUUAUUGGAGUAGAGGCUUAGCAGCGUCGCAGCAUCUGGAGGUUUCGAGAUUCGGAUUCUCGAAUGUACUGACUGGCGAGAUGUUGCUAUGUUCUCAGCAUCGUACUUCUACUCCCUUGCGACUGACAGUCAAGAAUUUUACACCCUUGUACGGCUUCAUGCCUUGUACAAUACCACGACUCUUCUUCAUGUCCAAGACUAGACUUUCCACCUUCAGACCAGACGCCAGCCAGCCCCUCACAUUGAAGCUCAAUGUGGCAGUAGCAGGCAUGAGCUCUCUAUUCCUGUCCGUACGUGCGCCCGCGUCUGCCCCAUUUGUCUUCGAUCCACCUCUCCCUUGGGCCUGGGAACCCGCAGGCUCUUCAUCAUAGUCGUAAGUCGUCGCUGUCAUGCCGUUCACAAUGCCCGUGCUGCUGUCGUCGUUAUCUUCAUUGAGAGGUCCCUGGACUGUGCAUCGAAGGACAGCUCCACCCGGACCGAAGUCCUUCGUUGGUAUCCUCCACUCAACACUUCCGUCCGCUGGAUUCCAAUGCGCUUCCCCUUUACUGGGGCGCAUAUCACUCAGAUUGCGGACUGCAGGAGGGAGCGGGACGUGUAUCGUCACAUCCUCUAGUGCUGGCGCAUUGGACUGGCCGGAAGGCCCAGCGGCACGGAAUGCUGCACCCGGUCGUCCAGCACCCAGAUUCGAUUGAA